GCGUCUGGUUCUGGUUAUCACAUGACGAGAACAAAGUCUGACUCCGGAUGGAAAGACCCUUCUCUAUCCAGAAUUUACUAAUGACAGUGUUAUUAAGUUGACAUGACAGGCUGAACUUAUAACAACCAUGUCGCUCCAGACUCCUCGCAUUUCAGUGUUCACCUUUCAGUCUGCAGUGCACAGCGCCCAUGUUCUCCAGUGUCUGGAUGAGCAGAGGCAGCGGGAUGUUCUGUGUGAUGUCACUGUGGUUGUGGGGAACAGGAGCUUUCGAGCCCACUGCUCUGUCUUAGCUUCCUGCAGUGACUACUUUCAAAGCAGGGUUACCAGUGUCACCAGGCACAAUCCUGUCAUCACCUUGCCUGAAGAGGUGACUGUCGAGGGAUUUGAACCUUUGCUUCAGUUUGCAUACACAUCAAAGCUGCCCUUCACGAAAGAAAACAUUCAUGACAUUCACAGCAGUGCUGAGUUUUUGGGAUUUCAUAACUUGGAGUCCGCUUGCUUUGAUUUCCUCAUCCCAAAGUUUUCUGAAGGCAAAAGAACCUCUCAGGAGGUCAGGCGCAGAGUCUGUUGUCAAAGUCAGGAUCCUAGUGCCAGCUUUGGCUCCUGUGUAAAGAGCAGCCAACCACACUUAUUUGAGUCACACAGCUCAGUGCCUUCAAGACGUGAUGAACAACAAAACUUUCCAUCACAGUGUCCUCGGACCACACAGGGUCAGACGAACAGCAGGGAGGAACACUUCUGUUUGGAGAACUGUGGGCCACAAAUGGCCCCCUUAUCUCUGGAGUUAACAGCGAAUGGUGUUUGCCCCAUGUUGUCUUUGACAUGUUCAGACUCUGACAAAGCAGAUCAUUCCUCUCAGUUUUGUGAGAGAGACAUUUUAGAGAUAGGAGAUGUAUGUAACGAAAGUGAAUUAAGUCUAGCUGACUGUGGCCUACCCUGUGAGCUGUCUACCCCAGGGAAUGUGAAUCCACCGGAACUCAUCGAGCCAGCAAGCAGCGAUGUUAAGCAGACUGUUGAAACGCUUGGUGCUGAAUCUAACUGUGAUCCUCAUUCCUGUCCCCUCAACACAUCAGGGGUUGAAGAUUGCAGUGAGUUAUUAAAGCAGAGUGAGGCUGGCCUUGAACAGAGCAUGGCAGGUGAUCUCUCAGACGCUACACUAAAUGCACUUAGCCAAGAAGAGGGAUUUGGGGAGAGGAGCAGUGUGGAAAGGGAGGUUGCUGAACAUCUGGCAAAGGGAUUUUGGCCGGAUCUAUGCCCAUCUCAGGCUCAACCACUCCCCCUGGAUCCCAUGGACCAGAACAAUCUGGCAAAAGCAUCAGAGUUUCAUUGGCUUAAGCAGCUGGACCUGAGCUCCAGUGUAGGAGACUGUCCCUUUCUCAGGGACCUUGCGACAGGUGAUGAUGCAGCUCAACGCACUGAAAACAUGUCCCAGUCAGAGAAAAGCCCCUACAUGUCCUCCUCAUUAAACUCCGGGGAUGAUUCAGACCUAGACACAGAUGGAGACACUGAGGCCACCAACAAAAGAGCUGCAGAGAUUCAGCUCCCAUUUCCAGUGGAGCAGAUCUCAGCCUUGACUCGGAGUGCUUUCCAGCAGCUUCUGAGACACCAUCACCUGACCUCAGAUCAGCUGGAGUUUGUUCAUGACGUCAGGCGUAGAAGUAAAAACCGGGUGGCUGCACAGCGGUGCAGAAAGAGGAAGCUGGACAGCAUUCACCAGCUAGAAUGUGAAAUCAAACGAUUAAAAAAUGAGAGAGAGCGGCUUCUACAAGAGCGUACUGAGCUGGAACAAAACCUGGAGGAGACUAGGCAGAAUCUGUGUGGGUUAUGCAAGAGUGUCAGCAUCGAGUCUGGCUCUGAUCAUGAGCAUUUGCAGAUUCUUGCCAAGCUGUCCUCACCAGACUUACCCAUCUCCCUGCCAGACUUACCUAUCUCCUCUCCCUCACUUUUGGGUAAAGAUGAUGGAUCUCAGAUCACUAUUGAAAUGGUAAGUUGUUCUUCAGAGUACGACCCAAACAAACUGCCUGCUGGCUCUGGUCAAAGUGCUGCUGCAUCAGAGGCUGGCACACAGACAGAGGAGGCAGGUCCUCCACAGAGUUCUCCAGAUCCUGCACCUCUGCUAAAUGCCUGUCUGGACAUGAGCAACAUCUUAUAAUGGGACUCAAAUUCCAGUGUCAUUUCUAAUCAUACAAGACUUGGGAGCAGCAGGUGGGCUCACAGUACAUACUGUAAUCCAAUUUUGGAAUAAAUACACUUUUCUGCCUGAUGUAUAGUAGUGUGAAAACAUAGGAUAUCUCAUGAAACAUUUUAACCCUUAUCAACACCUUUUUUAAUCAGUAUUAAGAGAUUGUUAUAAUAAUAUAAACUCAAAUAUAAAAAUGACUUCAAACUGAAUUUUCAGUUGAGGAAAAACUUAAGACAAAUCCACAAUCAUCCAUUCAUUUGAUAUCUGAUUUAAAAAUCAAGUUAGUCACUCCGGUAGCAUGACAUGCCACAUACCCAUAGCACUAGUUAUAUUUUACUUUCAUCUGAGCGACAGUCCAUAGAUAAUUUGGAUGAGCAUUCUGUCUGUCACAUUCAUCACGGGCCAAUCAGAGAAACAAAACAGAUGACAUGGCUGGCGACUGUUGCCAUAGCUGCAUCCAUGAUAAUCUCUUCAUAAGAUCCAAUUUUUUACAGGCUUGCAAUUACUUUCUGUAAACCUUGCCCAUUACUACUUUCUCGUUCUCCUCAAAUGCAAUGCCAAUUCAAUGCAAGGUUAACAAAUGGUAAUACUGUUUUGGAGAGUUUUAGGAGUGCACUUUCUUGUAUUAUAUCAAACACCACUAACUGUUAAUCUAUUAAUUGUUUGCGAUAUUGAUAACAGUAUGCUUUGUUUGAAAAAAACGUACCUGAAAGAAGACUUGUAGAUGCAUAUAAACCUGCAAAAAGGGAUCAGGAAUGAUAUCCAAGUGAUUUCAAAUUCUGUUUCACGGUCCUGGAAGUAAAUUCUGGUUAAGGCUUUCUAGCAAAUCAGGAACACACCGCAAGAUACUUUAAAAGGUCUCAAUCAAGCUAUAAACAUCAUCACAGGACCUGAAAUCAGCUCUUGCCUCAGUUGAUAUUAAAGUUUAUGCCUCUACUAUUAAAACUUCGGACAGUUGAUUCUUUAGUUAAUUUAUAGUGUCACUGUAACUGAAGACAAAAUGAAAACGCCCUUCUUUUUGAAGCAGGAACUUGUCCUACUUGUUAUGAUAGAAUCCCUUUGACUUUUAUAUAUUCAAGGACCAUGCAACAUGACAGUGACCCAAACAUUCCUGCAAAUCCAGGCAGCAGCUUGCCUAAUAUCAUAUAUAAAAAAUUAACUAAAUGAAUAGUUUCAGCCUUUUGUGAUAAUCAAACCAUUCACUGGACUUCAAAAGUCUGGUUCCAGGCAAAUACAACAAGGCCCCAAACAAAGACAUGAGAUAGGUCUGUCAUUGCGAAGUAAAACACAGAACUUAAUCCUUUCCCUUAAACAUCUUGCAGCUAAAAUAAUUCAGCUUGGAAAAGAUGGAAAACAAUUUUACUUAUCAUAAAGGUCAACAGUUAUGUAAAACCUACAAUCAUGAUGCAGUGUGGGCCAGUACAGAAUUGGGUGCUCAGGCUUUUUCCUCAUUAAGUUAACUAAAUGAUAACAGAGUUCAACUUUUCACUUUUAAUGAAAUCAGAUAAAAUUUAUCUAUACAAAUUCUUGAAAUAAAAUAUGUCUGUAUCUCUUAUAGAGGAACGAAUUUCAUGAAAUGUCCUGGUUUUUCACAUGAAUGUAGAUAUCUUAAAGUUACUUUUGUUUUCUGUAUUUCUACUAUGCUUUUCACUGAGGCAACACAGAAUUCAGUAUUAAUAAUGAUAUUGAAGUGCAGAAAAUUUUAGGAUACAUUCUAGAUGUUUCCAUUUUCUAAAUGAUCUUAAAAGUUUGUUUUACUCAGGGAAAUUAAUAACCUGACUGUAUGGAUGACAAAAUAAUUCCUGCUGCACACACACCCUAACCUCUGCUCCUUGCUCACAUUUACGCUCACAAUUAUGGAAAGAAUUAUAUCCUUUCAUUUUCAUCAAUGUUUUUAAACAUUCAAACCUAAUACAUACUGUCACUUUGUCACUUGUCUCUUUAAUUAAAUAUUCACAUCACUUUAGAGUACUUUUUAAAUGAAAGAUAUGAGUUAUAGUAACAGCAAUCAUGAAUUCUCAACAGCAUUAUUUUUUUAUCUCAGCUCAAAGGUUAUAUGAAUCACUGUAAUAAAUAGUAAACCCAGAUAUCUGAGGAAUGGCUCCAAAGUUUCUUAAAGUGUUACACAGGAACAUCUUUUAAUGCAAAAUGUGCCUUAUGCAGUAGUACAGAUACAGGCAAUCUUUAUAUGUUGUUACUUCAAGCACUGUUGCACAUUAACCAGAGCCCAAACUGAGGGCCUUUUUUUGUUUAUGUCUGUCUUUAUGUCAAGGAUCUUUUGUUAAAUGCUGCCAUAUGUAACAAAUUAAAAUAAAACUGUUUA